UGCUAGUGACGUAAACCAUCACUGUAAUAUGGGCGUUGUGAAAUCAACGAGGGUCAACAUGUUCAAUGUCACUGCAUUUUUACAACAUUCUGGGAGAUGUAAGCUGUCUUUAGAUUAACAUAAGAGCAACAUCAGGACAAACGACGAUAUAUCUGAGAUAAAGUUGUGAGCAUCAUCCCUCCUCUUGCCAUCUGUCCGCCAUGUCCACUCAGGCAAGUAAACUGUUUGUGGUAGCGGUGCGGUCUGCAUGUUGCCACCCCAGGGCUCGGCCCACCCUGAAGCAGUCUGCCUCUCCCUGUAGCCCCAGGGUCCUGCUCCAGAGACGGACCUUCAGCCUGGACUCGCUUUCCUCCGGCCCCGGCCGGCCACAGCCUCAACAGGCUAGGACAGACCGGGCAUCCCCCUCUUCAGCCCCAACCCACAGGAACCUGUCUGCUGUGGCUGUCUCUGUCCAGGACCAGAGUCGCCCGCUGGGCAGGUAUGACUUCCUGGACCUAGGGGAGGUAGAGGAGAACACUCAGAGGGCUCAGCUCUGUAGAACCAUCAAAAGGUUCAUCAUAGACCCUGCCCUGGCCAAACUGGUCACUCACCACCUAGGACCUGACCUGGAGGACAGCAAAGCUGUUAUAUUUGAAUGUAAUCCAGGCCCAGGGGUGUUGACUAGGACUCUGCUGAAUUCUGGAGCUCAGAGAGUGGUGACGCUGGAGGGAGAGAAGUCCUUCCUACCUGACCUGCAGGCUUUGGAGUGUCUUCUGGAUGGUCAGCUGGAGGUGGUCCACUGUGAUUUCUUCAAGCUGGACCCUAUGGGCAGAGGCAGCAUGAGACCUCCGGCCAUGUACACUGACAAACUGUUCACUGACCUGGGCAUAUCAGAGGCAAACUGGACCGAUGAGGUUCCAGUGAAGGUGGUUGGUAUAAUCCCCCAGCGCAUUGAGAGGAGUCAGCUGUGGAAGCUGCUGUAUGUCCUGUUUGAUCGGCUCUCUAUCUACCGUUACGGACGAGUAGAGCUCAACAUGUUCAUCAGCGAGAAGGAAUACCUGAAACUAAUGGCUAAGCCAGGGGACAUGUUGAACUACAGAGCGUUUGGCGCUUUAUGGCAGAUGGCAUGCCACAUCGAACUGCUACACAAGGAGCCGUGGGCAUCGUUUGUGACUUCUUCUAAGUACAAGCUGGCCAUUCCAAAGAGCAGACUUCCUAAUGACAACCUGUGUCUGGUGCGAAUGACACCUCGCAAGGACCUGUUCUCCGCCUCGCUGACCCCCUCCAAUGCAGCCACCCUGGUUAUGAUGGUCAAACAAUGUUUGGCCAAGAGGAAGGCCCGGCUAGUAGACCGGCUCAAUAUGUGGAGUCCAGACAGUGGUCCUAAGCUGCUGAAGGAGAUGGGGAUGCAGGAGGAUGUACUGACGGGCCAUGUCUACCCAGAGGAGUACAAGCAGCUGUUUGAACUGGUGGAUAAGUCCCAGGAGUUCACCCAGAGCUGGCUGUAUGAGGAGGUACUGGAGAACACCCAGAAGGAGGGAUGGAUAUAGACACACAGCGCCACCACUAGGAUUGGAGGGGUAGUGCAGCCAGGCUGUCCGAGGCUACAAUUCUAGAUAACCAUAAACCCCCAAGUUGUUGGACUGUUGAACCACUCCCAACGUCAUAGUUUAGGGUGGUCCUGAGCUGAUGCGUUUGGUAUUUGAUCUUUUUAAAAGGGGCUACAGUGUUUUGUCCUGAGCUCUAUGCGAGUGCUGUCCAGUCGAGCCGAAGAGUUGACUGGUGAAAGGCUGCUGCUUCUACCCUCAUAGGACGUUUUCUUUACGGUUGGUUACGGGUAGCAGCAGAAUGGAUACUUUAUUGGCAAAGCAAGGUUAUAAUGAGUCAAGAUGUAUUUAAACCGUUCAAUCACAUUUUGUCACUGUUAUUCAUGGGUUUUUAAUACUAUAGGCUUUUUGCUAACACAGCACAUGAAACUAACUGGGUCAUACUAGUAUGUGUUUCCUGAAACCCUGAUGUUGAAUUGCAUUGAAUACUACAUCGGGCAGAAAUUUGCAUUUUUAAUCACGAAAGUUUCCCCGCAUGACAUCUAAGUCAGAAUGUUGAAUAAAAUAUUUUUAAGUACUUUACUGGUUGGUCCUUUUGGAGGUAGGAAUGUGAGACAAUAUAUCCACAUUAAAGUGAAAUUACAUCAACUUCUCAAAGCACUGGUAGAGCGUUGAGAUUUCUAUCACCUGAAGCAUGCGCAGAACCAUGUGAAGCUGUGCACGAGCUUGGCAAGUAUGCAUGCUUCAGAUGAUCUAAAUCUGAACGCAAUAGCAGAACCAUGUGAAGCUGUGCAUGAGCUUGGCAAGUAUGCAUGCUUCAGAUGAUCUAAAUCUGAACGCAAUAGCAGAACCAUGUGAAGCCGUGCAUGAGCUCGGCAAGUAUGCAUGCUUCAGAUGAUCUAAAUCUGAACGCAAUAGCAGAACCAUGUGAAGCUGUGCAUGAGCUUGGCAAGUAUGCAUGCUUCAGAUGAUCUAAAUCUGAACGCAAUAGCAGAACCAUGUGAAGCUGUGCAUGAGCUUGGCAAGUAUGCAUGCUUCAGAUGAUCUAAAUCUGAACGCAAUAGCAGAACCAUGUGAAGCUGUGCAUGAGCUUGGCAAGUAUGCAUGCUUCAGAUGAUCUAAAUCUGAACGCAAUAGCAGAACCAUGUGAAGCUGUGCAUGAGCUUGGCAAGUAUGCAUGCUUCAGAUGAUCUAAAUCUGAAAGCAAUAGCAGAACCAUGUGAAGCUGUGCAUGAGCUUGGCAAGUAUGCAUGCUUCAGAUGAUCUAAAUCUGAAAGCAAUAGCAGAACCAUGUGAAGCUGUGCACGAGCUUGGCAAGUAUGCAUGCUUCAGAUGAUCUAAAUCUGAAAGCAAUAGCAGAACCAUGUGAAGCUGUGCAUGAGCUUGGCAAGUAUGCAUGCUUCAGAUGAUCUAAAUCUGAACGCAAUAGCAGCACUUUGAAAAGUUGAUGGAAUUAUACUUUCCUGUGGAUAUACUGUCUUACAUUCCUACCUGCAAAAGGACCAACCACAUGGACAACCAGAAAAGUACAUUCAAAUAACAUUUUAUUCAACAUUCUGGCUUGUAGAGGUCGUGAGAGGAAACCUUCCUGAUUCAAACGCUCGUUUCUGCCCGACAUGCAAUUCAACGUCAGGUUUCCAUAUGUGAUUGGUUUCUACCGCUUGAAUUGUUUUGUGUAUAGGUAACUUUUUAGUGUACAUGCAUACCAUGUCUACAUGUAUUGACAGUUCAUUCAGUUAUAUGUACAGUUUUGGGCUAUUAGGACUAAUUCUAAAUGGUAAGUACUAAAAUAUCUGACCAUGGUCAGUCAGUGCCAUUCUGUAUUCACUGAUUGUCAUCAUAUGCCUUAGCAUUCCAGCUGGAUAAAUGAUUUUGUGAUUAGAGUACAUCAAAAAGCUUAUUGCAUCUUUCAUGCUAUAACCAUUGGAGGAAAUGUAAUUAUCAGAAUAAAUGUUUUGAUUAAUACUG